AGUAUAUCAUGAAAUCUUGCUAUAUUCUCUCGAGAGUGUGGGUGUGGAUGAAGAUGUCUUCUCCGACACCCACACUCACACCCGCGCAAAAUUUCAAAGAUAAGUUCCUACUUAAUCGUCCAACUGCAACUGUCAAAAAUCCCGAAAGAAUGAGCAAAAUGUUUUAAAUAAAAAUUUCGGUAAAGUGUCAACUACUUCACGAAAUUCUCUGUAAAAUUCUGCAUAUUUGGAUGGAUGUUUUAGAUUUUUGAAAGGAAUAUUUGACAGAAACAGUUUUUAGAGAAAAAAAAUGGAAAAUUACUAAAAAAAAAGUUUUUUUUUUUUUGUAAACCACGCAUCUUUUAAUUUAAAACUUAUACCAUUUUGUUCAGAAUUUAAUUUUAAAUCUGAUGACAAAAUAAUAAAUAUCUUAUAGAGCGUAUCUGACUAUUGAAAAUAUGGUUUUUCCAAGGUGCACUGAAAAAUAUUGACAGGUAUUAGUUCCUAUUUAUGUUCCAUAAUUUAUACUUUAAUCAUUGCCGUUCAUGAGCAAAAGCUUGCACAAAUUAAUAAUUUUGCGUCAACAAGAAAAACUUUCUUUGAAAAACAAAAUCAAUAGUUUUGUAGAGCUUCAAAUUCUCUAUCUAUUCAUAGAUAAAGAAAUUUUCUAUUUGUUCCAAAAAUAGAAAAAAAAUGCAUUAACAUUUUAUCCAAUUUAUCAUGCCCAACCUGUUAGUGAGUGAAUAUUUUUUUGCCUAUAAACAGUUCAUCUUAGCAGAGGUUAAGCAAAGAGCAACAUAUGUUAAACAAUGAUUAAUAAUGGUUAUAGCAGUUAAUCAAACAUUUAUUCGUUUAUUUUCAUAAAAUAUAUCGUGUCGGUAUUUAUUUAAAAACAAUCUAUAGUUGGAAUAAGAGUGAUAGUAGCAAUGUCUGUAUAAUCUCGUUCUUGCUUUUAUACAUAUGUAGCGUACAUCUCUAUGAAAAUGAUUUUCCUUUUUUCAGAAUAUUCAAAUAUUCUCUAUUUCUUGUUUUGAAAUUUGAUAUGAGUCAAAAAUUAAUUUAGAAAAUUCAAUUUCUCUUAAUAGCUCAUUUGAAAUCGAGAUAAACCAAUAAGGACAUAGUGUUUUUACCAACGAGUGCAAUGAUCUUAGGAUGUAGUGAAUCAAAUGAAGAAAAUUCAAUUCUAUUAUUAUCGUCAACUUUAUUGUAGUACCAUUCUUUAUCUCUUCCAUUAUUUUGAGCAACUCAGAAAACUGCAGCAAUACGAUUGACAAAGAUGUUGAGCUCUUCAUUUCGUUAAUGAAAAGAAAAUAGUCAAAGAAAGAUAUAAUUAAGAUAUUUCUUUUAUUUAUACUGAUACUAUUCGCAAUGCAUGAUAUUAUUUGAUGUUCUCUUAGUUAAUUUGUAAGAAAAUAACUCGCGAUUCCUUUAAAUUUGAUGUCUUAUCAAGUUUUUCCUAUUUGAAUUGUACCGAUAGUAGAAUAAUUAAUGUAUCAUUUAUGCAUAAAUGAGUUAUACACAAGAUUGAUAAGUAUCUUACAGAAGGUCUUAUGAAAAAAGAUAAAAGAAAUAUAUAUAUAUAAACGUGAAUAUAAACUAAUCUUUUUGAACUCAAAAAUAAAUUGUCAUGAAACGAUAACAGAGAACAAAGUGAAUAUUGUGCGCUUUAGAUCUAACAAAAAAAUGUUUUUAAUCAUACACAUUAUCUUAAUAAGUUAAAAUAAAAAGAGAGCUCAUUAGCAUAGACUCAAUUACUAUUUGUACGAUUAAAAAAUUCAAAACAUUCUUAAAGAUCAAGAUUUUAACUAUCCAUGUGAAUUUAGGAAUAUCUAUAUAAUUGUUAAUCAUUACACCCAACAUCUUUUGAUACUUUUAUUAAUUAGUGGUUUUGAAAUUAGGAUAAAUUGAAAUCUUCUUCCCUAGUUAGUGUGUAUUUACUGAAUGUAGCUCCAAAACAAAUGACGAACACUAAACCAAUCCAUUACACCAGACCACACAUUAUUAAUCUUUUUUUCCUCAUACUUUUGAAAAAAAUGUUUUUUGCUGGUUUUUUUAUUGUCUUUUUUUCUCCUUAAGACGAAAUUUAUUCAAGAAAAAAAUGAAAAAACAACAUUAAAAAAACACGUAAAAAUAAUAAAUUUAAAGAAUUUUCCUAAAUAAUGAAUUUUUUUAAUUUCAAAUAUCUAACUCUGUCAAAUUCAUUUCGUUUCAGUUAAACUUUAAUUAAAGAAUAAAUAUAAAAUAUUUUUUCGUAAAUUUCUUUCGAAAACGAAAUAAAAGUAAGAAUUAUUUAAUUUUAAUUUUAAUUUUUUUAAUUUUAAUUUUUUGAAAACUAUAAUAACUAUAAAAAGUGGAGAUCUUUAUUUGUUCUAAAUGAAAUUGAAAUUAUUUGAAUAGAUUUGUUUUUAUUCGAUUUAAAAAUAAAUAAAAUAAUUCUAUUUUUUUUUACUUUCAUUUUAAUUUAAAUGAAAUGUAAUGUAAUUUUAUUGUAAAUUAAUAAAAUUAAACAAAUCAGAAUAAUUAGAUUUCAAAAUAUGUACGAAAAAAGAUUUAAUAUAAAUUUUCAAUAUUUAAGAAAAAAAAAUCACAAAAGCUCUCCUUGUUAGAGAACCUGUUUUGGUAUGUAUAGCGUAUACAUACUAACCCAUACGCAUACGGAAGUCGCUCCGUUCGACAUGGAAUCUUAUCAAAAAACUAAAAAUCCUCGUAAAGCACCUUUUGUAACACAAAUUACUACUUUUCUCUAGUCUGAAAUGACUUAUUAUGCUGGUAUAUAAAAUAUAAGUUUACUUUUUUUGAACAUUCUAUAUCACAAGACAAUGAGCUACAGACUCAAAAUAAGUUUCACUAGAACAUAGAAAUCUCCUUAGAGGAUAUUAAUGUGAGUGUGAGUGUAGGUGAGGGUGAAGAGGAUACCAACACUCAUUCACAUCCUACUCUUUUCUAAAACUCCACAUCAAUUUUAACUGCAGUGUGUUCCGCUCGAACUCCAUACCACUCUACUCCUUUUUUCUAAAAUCCUACUCUAACUCCCAUUUAACUUCAAUUUCAGUCGGAUUUUACAAAACUGAACUUCUGCCAAAACACUCUUCAAUACACAUAAGUUUUUGAACAUAAUUAAAUCUACGAUCGAUAUAAAUUAGUAGCAUAUUAAUUUAUUGCUUUAUAAACUUUCUCAUAGAAUUCAAAGAUAGGCACCUCCAUUCUGUCCUGUUCCUACUCCAUUUCCACUCUGAUGAGAAAAAGCAUCAACUUUGGAGUUGAAAUUGCCCAUCUCUGAUAUCAACUAUUUCAAAAUACUUACUCUUCAGAUACUCCUGAACAUAUCCAUAAUAUGCGAGCUUACAAAAGACUUCUCAAAACAAGUACUACAUAAGGAUUAUAGCAUGAUCCUCAUAGAAGAUACUCAUUAUUUUUAGAUUUUCAGAUUUUGACAGAGUAUCUUAUUUAGUCAUCAAGAUUCUCUUCGAGGAUCCUAAUAGAAUAGUUUGAAGAUGGUGUUCAUCAAAAGUUAAAAAUAGCAUUUUAGAACACUUUCUUUUCAAAGCCCAUAAAAUCCAUAGAUCCCAAUGUUUGUCACUGGAGAGCUUCGUUCGGAUUGACAUUCAUCUUUUCAGCAUUUGUAAAAGAAGAAGUCCCCUCAGAUUACAUAGAUUCGCGUGGAAUCCUCUCAACUUUGUUCAGUUUCGCCUGUAUCCAAACCUUCUCAUGAUCCUACUCAGAGUACAUCACGGUUGUUCUUCGAACAGCUUCACAUAACUUAUCAAAAGCCUUAUAAAAUUUCACCGGCAUUCUCUAUGCAAAUACUUAGGAGAUUCUUCGGUAGAUCUACAUUCAUCAUACAGAAAAUCAUGUGUCCUUAAGGUUUCCUAAAAACAUAGGGAUUAGGUUUGAUAUUUUGUUGUUCAAUGAUUCGAUAUUCUUCUCACAAGAUACAGAUAGAAUCUUCUCUGAUGUUCAUAUAAAUGAUCAUUCUGCCAAAAAGAUUCUGAAUCCUUGCAAUUCUGAAUAAAAUCCUCAGAUCCUUAUGUUUUUCUAUCAAAAGCUUAUAUGGAAUUAGUAUUACUCUUUCUUGGAGAACCUCCUUACAGCAAUCUCCAGGUGUUAUUUUUAUGAUCAAAAAGAUCUUGGCAAAAACUAGAAGUAACAUAGAUGUAAGAAUCGUUACCAAAUCCUUUUUUUCUCAUAAGAAACCAGGAAAAGAUUUCUGAAUUUUUAUCUGUGGAAUGAGCAUUCUCAAAGAUGAAUGACAUAUUUGUAGCGCUUGCUCUCAUCAGAGACGGAAUCCCUUCGAUAACGACGAUUUCUUUUCUUUUUUGUUCAUUGUAGUAAUUCCUAAUAUUCCAGCCGAUGCCCGAUGGGCACAGAAUGGAGUGACUGUUGCUGGAGGUCAUGGACAAGGCAGUGCCACCAAUCAACUCGACCGUCCUUUUGGUCUCUUCGUUGAUGAUGAUCAAACGAUGGUCAUCGCUGACUGGGGCAAUGAGCGUAUCAUUCAAUGUAAGAUGGGUGAUACGAAUGGACAAGUAGUAGCUGGUGGCAAUGGCCGGGGAAAACGAUUGGAUCAAUUGAAUAGUCCAACCGAUGUAUUGAUUGACAAAGAGACGGAUAGUUGCAUUAUUUGUGAUCGAGAGAAUCGACGAGUCGUACGCUGGUCUCGUCGUAGUGGUACAACUCAAGGAGAAAUCCUCAUCGACAACAUCGCUUCUUUUGGAUUGGCCAUGGAUGAUCAGAGAUAUCUCUACAUCUCUGACUACGGCAAACAUGAAGUAAGACGAUAUCAAAUAGGAGACAAGAAUGGAACUAUCGUGGCUGGUGGCAAUGGCGAAGGUGAUGGUCUCAAUCAACUCAACUGUCCGAUCUACAUCUUUGUCGAUCAACAACAGACUGUCUACGUGUCAGACUGCUACAAUCAUCGUGUAAUGAAAUGGAAUAAAGAUGCGAAAGAAGGAAUUGUCGUCGCUGGAGGUCAAGGCACAGGGAAUGCUCUGACACAAUUGUCGUGUCCUAAUGGACUAUUUGUCGAUACAUUGGGUACCAUCUAUGUGGCAGACUCGUCGAAUCAUCGAGUGAUGCGUUGGCCUACAGGAGCGAAACAGGGGACUGUCAUUGUGGGUGGAAAUGGUGAAGGAGAAGGAGCAAAUCAGUUCGACUGUCUCGAAGGUGGAUUUAUCACAACAGAAAAGAAUGAAACAAGAUAUAUUCUUCUUUUGAAUAAAAAUUUAUUUAUAUCGACAUCAAGAUCAACAAUUUGUUAUUCAUGUACAAUGAUUUGGAGAAUUUUAUGUUUAAUGAAUAAUGUUGAUAAACCCAUCUGUACAAUUAAUUUAAUUAAUAAUUAA